AUGAAGACCUCCCUAACACGUCUGCAGAUCACCCUGGCCGACUGCGAAAACCUCACUCGAGACCGGCCGACCUGGUGGAGGACAGUGAAGACAGGCAGAGCGAUAUACGAGGAAAACCGCAUCGCCACCGCGAAAGUCAAGCGCGAAGAACGCAAAUCUCAGCUGCGACCACCUCGCAACGCCAAUGCCCAACAGGCCCAACGUGUCCACUGUGUCAGAGGACAUUCCGGGCGCCAAUUGGACUUGUUGAAGACAUUCGGAUCAAGUGCAGCACUCGGACUGCACCAACCGUCGUCUCUCCGUCCACUUCCCUCUAGUCUUCUACGCCGUCAACUAACUAUGACCACUCUCCCGAACCACCACUCACAUCCACCUCCUCCUCCCACUCCUCUUCCUUCUCCUCCCGCUUCUUCUUCUCCUCCUCCUCCUCCUCCUCCUCCUCCUCCGUCUCAUCCUUCUCUUCUUCUUCUUCUUCUUCUUCUUCUUCUUCUUCUCCUUCCUCCUUCUCCUUCUACUCCUCCCCCACUGCCUCAACGUCUGCCACUGUGGCGUCUGCCGCGCACAUCAACAUGACACACAAUCCUGGCACACCAGCAAACACCAACACUGCCACCGUUGACACCAGUGGUGAGCACCCGGUCUAUACCUCUCCUCAUUUCAACCACAGCUUCGCCUCACACAUCGGCCUGGUCGGUCCCCUGCGAAUCCAUUGCACAGAGACUGGUGAACCAGUGCCUGGAGCACCAACCCAUACCCACCGCACUCGCCAACACGGUCCACAUUGCCCUCGCACAUUCAUGAUCCGCAAUGGCCUAUUCGGUCACAUGCGUAGCCAUGAGGGCAGAAUUGACCGCAUCCUGACACCCGACACACCCACCAUGCCUAUCGCCGCUCACGAUCCGCAGACCAGAGCGCCCACUACUACCAGCUCCACAAAAUUCAGUACAUCUUGCACACCCACUGUGCUCAACCCAACCCACACCCCAUCGCCCAGCGUGCCCACCACAACCGAGGCUGAUACCGACACCGCCGACCUCUCCUGUCCGCACUUUCCCCGAACAUUCACCUCACGCAUCGGCCUGGUCGGCCACUUGCGAAUCCAUCGCACGGAGGCGGGCGAACCAGUGUCUGGAGCACCAACCUAUACCCACCAAGCUCGACUCGACUGCCCAUACUGUCCUCGCAGUUUCAGGCAUUGA